GUCGGUCACUCGCGCAUUGUGUUGGUCCUCUGCCGAUCUAUGGCUUCGCUCUUCUUCCUCUUCCUCCUCCUUCUCCUGCCCCUCGUCGUCGUCCUCCUCCUCCUCGCGGUCAUCGUACGGCCCCGCCCGGUGCGGAUCCCCCUCAAGGGCCGGCACGUCCUCGUGUCCGGCGGCUCCAGCGGCAUCGGCUUCGCCCUCGCGCGCCGCGCCGCCGCCGAGGGCGCCCGCGUCUCCAUCCUCGCCCGCGACCCCGACCGCCUCCGCGACGCCUGCGACGCCAUCCGCCGAGACACUGGCGUCGACGCGGCCGCCCUCGCCGCGGACGUCCGCGACCCCGCCGCCGUCGCCCGUGCCCUGGAGACCGUCGGCCCCGUAGACGUCCUCGUCUGCAACCAAGGCGUCUUCGUGCCGCAGGAGCUGGAGCGGCAGAGCCUGGAGGAGGUCCGCUUCAUGGUCGAGGUCAACCUCAUGGGCACGUUCCACCUCAUCAAGGCCGCUCUCCCCGCAAUGAAGCAGAGGGGGAAAGAGACAGGCCUCCCGGCCUCCAUUGCCAUCAUGUCCUCACAGGCCGGCCAGGUGGGUGUUUAUGGUUAUACGGCAUACUCGGCAACCAAAUUUGGGCUUCGGGGUCUUGCAGAGGCUUUGCAACACGAGGUUAUUAUGGAUAAUAUUCAUGUAACUCUCAUAUUUCCUCCUGAUACAGAUACACCUGGGCUCGCUGAAGAGCUGAAGAGAAGACCAGAGAUUACAAAUGUGAUAGCGGCAUCGUCAGGUGGUAUGAAGGCCGAUGAUGUUGCCCAGAAGGCCUUGAACGGAAUCAAAUCUGCACAAUUUGUGGUUCCAUGCAACUUUGAAGGGACAAUGCUAUCCAUCGCGACAGCUGGUUUGUCUCCUCAGCGAUCGUACCUUAUGGCAUUCAAUGAGGUUCUUGGUGCGAGUCUUAUGCGCUUCAUCGGCCUGUGCUUCCAGUGGAAUUGGUUUAGUGCCAUAGAGAAGUGGCACGCCAAGAAGAAGCGCAAAUAAUUAAGAAUGUCUUCUCUCGAUGCCACCUUUUAAUGAUGUCUAAAUAGUUCAGUUGUCUUCAAUGUGUCAUGAUGUACUUUGUUGGAAAAUAGAUCUGCACAUCUUGGUAAGAAAAUUCGAUACAUUAGGUAUCAACAAUGCUGUAUGUUACUCUUGAUAUGCAGUGUCAAAAGCUUAAGUUAAUAAAGGAGACAAGUUCUGUUCAUC